CCUACACGAGCGGACGGCGUUCGCGCUCCGUAUCCGAUAUAUAUAUAUUCACAGUUAUAUAUGUAUACCUCUUGACUACUGCUACUAUACGUACACAACGUCAACGUACAGGCAAUUGAACGAACAAAGUAGUUUUGUACAACGUUUCAAGUGUAUUGCAUAUAAUACUAUCCACCAAUAAAUGCACCUGUCGUCGUCGUCCGUCUCUAUCGUCGUCUACAAUAUAUAAAUAAUAACCUCGUCGACAGUGUCUCUCGGUGUGUAUUGUCUCUCUGUGCGUUCUCUCUUUUCUCAUUUUUACCUCAUCGUCGCAUUCGAACACGCUGUGCUGGCAAUUACAAACCUUCGUUAAGAACGGCCGUUUGCCUUUUUGCGCUUUUCCGCAUCUUCGCUACAGUUCGAAAGCGAGAGCUUUGAAAAAACAAAAUUCGAACAAAAAGGAACGACCAACGUACUUUUGCCGUUGUCGGGUAGUUCUGUGUUCUGAAUUUGUGUAUCGUGCCUGCUGUGUCAUCGCUGCCAUUUGAAUCUUCAGCACUAAUUCAUCUGGGGUCGUUCGACGUUCGAUCAUCAUCGAAAAUUCAACCGUCGCGCGCGUUGCUGUGCCGUCGCCACCGCCGCCGCUGCGUGUGUGCGUGUGAUCUUGAGCUAGGUCGAGCGCGCGCAGUUUGCGCGCACACACACACACACACACACACACACACACAUAUAGAUAGAAACACGUUGCGUUCGCCAAAAAAGAACAGCGAAAAAUUCGAAUAAAACCGUUUUCAGCGCCUCGGCGACAUUUGUUUGUUAUUCCAUCGUGUAUGCAUAUAUCGGUCGAGUACGCUCGUGUACGAUAUAUCUGCAGUGCAAUAUAUCGGUGUUUUGCGGACUCCUCUUUUGUCUAUUUCGAUGAGUCGCGCUGCUCGCCGUUGCCGCCGCCGACUGUGUAUUUGAACUUGAAGUGUACAUAGCAUCAAAGUGUCAGUACGAAAUACAUAUAACAAAUGAAAAGAAAAGAAAAGAAGAGCCGUGGCAGAGAAUAAAUAAAGAAAGAAAAAAAAAAGAAAAUAAAAAGUGAGUAAGCUUUUGCAAACAAUAACAUUGGCUCGCGACACGAAUCGACGACCACUGUGUGUUAUUACAUGCGACAACUCGUCUCUCUCUGUCCGUGUGUGCAGUGCUGCAGUUCGUGUAUUAUAUAUACGUACAUGUGUGUAAGGCGAGACAGCAGUGAUUCAGAGUGACAGUAGAGCAUCGUUCCACAAUUAUUAGUGCUGCAGCACACACACGAGCAUACUUUGCGUUACAGUCCUUGUGUGCGUGUGUGUAUACGUCGACCGACAAAACUGCGCCGAGUCAGCAAACGACAACAACCAAGAGAGAAAGAUAUCGAGAAUGUGCAUAGAUAUAUGCGCGAGCCAAGAAUGUGGGUACACACACACACGCACCUCGCAUGACAAGUACGCGUGUUAAAUAAUAUACGUGUGCGCAUACGUGCGUCGGACAGCGAUAAGGCAGCAUUAUACAUUGUGUGUGUGUCUCUGUGUGCAUAAAGCGACGAGACGAGAAGAGAAGCAGCAAGUUAUAUAUGUGUGCAACAAAAUUUCAAGCAAAGUUCGCGACGAUUACCAUUGCUACCGUGCAUAAUAUACAUGCAGUCAAGGCACUACCACCUUGCCUUUACAACUUACAGUUUCUCGCUCUCUCUGUGCAAGCUCUGCCGAGCAACAACGGUCGUUGACGCCGGAUAUAUCUAUACUUUUUGCGUAUGCAUACAUAUUUAUACACGCGCGUGUGUAUGAGCUGCAUAAACGUGUGCGUACAUAGAUAAUUGGGAGUUUCGAGAGUGUCUCCUCUCUUGUGCUCCCUUGGGCUUGUUGCCGUCGUGCAGCAGCAACAGCAACAGCAACAGCAACAGAGCCCCAGCAGUGGCGAAGGCGCGCGUGGCUCGCGAUCAGCUGAUCUUCCGCCGGCGACGACGCGUGUGUCUCGCGCGCGCGCUCGGGGCUUGCCGCCGCCGACGCUGUGCUCUGUGUGUGCAGCGCGCAGAAAUUCCGCCAACCUACGCAUCGCAUGCCAAGACUUUAUUAUUUCGGGUGGUUACUAUACUGCUAUAUACUGCGCGCCAAGUUCGUGUGCAUGACAUAACUCUGCGCGCGCUUUCGUUUAUAUUAUUAUCUUAAAUAUAUGACAUAUACUCGGACGCCGUGCUCUUGUGUUUGUUUGUGUGAAUUCUGGUGAUAAGAUUUUUUUGGUGCUCCAUUUAUGUAAUAAUUAUUAUCACGAAGUGGGUGAAUUUCUUGCUGAAAGAGUGUUGAAAGAAUAAAAAAAAUUUAAAAAAAGCAUCAUUGCGUAUAUUGAGUUGUUGUUGGUGCAUUCGUGUGGUUGAAGGAAUAAUUUAUCUCUCUCUCUCUGUGCGUCGAAGGAUUUCGUUGCCUCUGUGAAUCACGUGCGUCAAUAAAGGAUUAUCGUGUGUACGUGAAAAUAAUAAGAAAUAAAAAAACGUUCAGCCACGUUACACCGCAUCGGAGGAGGCUGCAAGCUCUCGAGUUCCAACGGCAGCAGUUGUCUGUGUGCGGCCGGCUACGGGCAUUUCGGUGAAAACUCAGUGGUGGUGUGGUGUGCGGGUCAGUGGUGCCGAGCGCGUGCGCGCAGGAUAAUCGUUACGCUGCUGUGGAUUAUGCCAAUUAAAUGCCCGUCAAUAUCAAAGAUCAAGACGACGCCUUCAACCACCAUCGAUUCUGACGAAGCACCUGUACGAUUCAGCGCUCGUCGUCUCGUCGUCGAAUGAUACGUAAUCACACGCGCGUUUCUGGGUUUUCUAAAUAAUAAAUAAUCAAGCGGUUGUUUACGAAAAAAAAUUAAAUAAAGUAUAUCGCCGGGACAAGACGCGACGCCGCGUGUGCGAGGUGAUUUCGACGUUUUCGCGAAAGCUGCUCUCGCAAAGCGGCUCGGUACUCAGUGACAGUGGCGCGCGACCUGCUGCGUCGUCGCCUACGUUAUCAGCAUCGCGCGCGAGCCCACGAACAAGCAGCAGAAAUUCAGCGCGAGUCGAGGAGCGCCGCAGGCGUCGGGCGCAAGCGGUGGCUCGACACUACCCUGACUUACCUCCACGGCGCCGCCAACCUGCAAUCAAGGUUCAUGGUUUUCAUGGAGGAGAGCGAGCUCUCGAGCAAGCGGUGGGCCAGUGCGCCACGCCGCUCGGGUAGCCCCUGCAUACUGGGGGCACCGGCAUCAAGAGAGGCGGCUGGUCCGCCGGUCCAACUGGAGCCAGUGGACCUGUCAGUGAAGACGCCGGUCGUGCUGCAGGUGCCUCGCUACAGUCCAGCGGCGCUCAUAGCCGCGGCCGCCUCGUCGGCUAAUUGCCGCAAACCGUCGACGUCGCCCCUGUCGCUGUCGGCCGCGGCGCCCACGCCGACGACAAGUGCAUCUUCGAGGAGGACGCCGCCGACACCCACGCAGACCAUCACGCCGCCGUCUAUCUGCGUCUCUACAGGUGAGUACAUGAGAAGCAUUGGAAUGCAUACGAACAAUUUUCUCUCGCCCACUCUGCCACUAGCCGACAUAGUCAGAGAGCGGGAGCAGCACGAGCGCGAGCGAACGCGCAGACACGCGGACAGCAGGUCGCCGGCGGGCGACGCGGUGGCUACGACGACCACGACGACGACGACGGCUGCGGCGGCGGCGCCCCAUCGUUCGAGCAUACCUCCGCCUGCGUCUCAUCACCACCAUCGUCAUCAUCAUCCGCAUCCGCAUCCGCCGCCACCAGCGGCUCCUCAACACCAUCAUCACCAUCAGGCGACGCGAGCCCGAGCGGAGCGAGAGCGUCAGCGAGAGCGCGAAAGGGAGCGCGAGCGUCAGCAGCAGAGCGUCUGCUCUAUCGAGGCCGAUCCGGUUUUCGUCUCGUCGUCCGCGGCUUUUUUGGCCUUGCAGAAAAUCAAAGAGGCUUCGCUCGGUGUCUACCACAACAAACGACCGGCGCUGGCACCCGGCCUCGGGCUGAGCAGUCGAGGCAACAGCGUACCACCGGUCGGCCAGCAGCAUCAAAUUGUUAGCGCGGCUUCGGUGGCCACAAACAACAAUAGCAUCAACAAUAACAAUAACAAUAUCAGCAACAAUAACAAUAACAACACGAGUAACAACAACAACAAUAACAACAACGGCACGAGCAUCAGCAGCAGCAUCGACGGCGAGUGCGGCGAUGCCCUGAAGCGGCGCAAAGUCCACAGGUGCGACGUGGCCGGCUGCGACAAGGUCUACACGAAAAGUUCACAUCUCAAGGCGCACAAGAGGACUCAUACGGGAGAAAAGCCAUAUCAAUGCACAUGGGAGGGCUGCACGUGGAAAUUCGCACGCUCGGACGAGUUGACGCGACACUAUCGCAAGCACACCGGCCAAAAGCCCUUCAAGUGUCACCUGUGCCAGCGCUCGUUUUCGCGCAGCGAUCAUCUCUCUCUGCACAUGAAGAGACAUUAGAAUUGUGUGUUUGUGUGUGUGUGUGUCCGUCCCCCUGUGGACACUGGACCGCGACACGGAUGUAGCGACAAUAACGAGUAACAUAUAUAAUGUGUGACGAUGAGCGUCGCCGCUGCCGCCGCUUUAUCGGCGUCUCGACGCAAAGUAUAAAUAAUAUAAAUAUAUAAAUAUACAAACAU